AUGCAAACAGUUGUAGGGUGUCCGGAGAUCCAGACCCCCCCGAACAUGUGGCUGGAGUGGGAGCAAGGAAAGGUGGCUGCCAAGUGCAACAGCACGUCGGAGACCUGGUACAUGACUUGUGUCGAUGGCAGGUGGUUUGGAUACGUGGGUAACUGUACAGCUGCACCGGUCGUACUGAAAGAAGAAUUGAGCAAAGAGGAGCCCUAUUCAACGCAAGGAAUCGUGCUGGCGAUCGUCAUAGGCAUCAUACUCGGCAUAGUCACAGGCAUGAUGCUCUUGUUCGCCGUCCUCUGCUCCAGACAAAGAAGGAAACCGAUGAGGAAGAAGAGAUCGAACGAUAGCAACAAGACAACAUUCCUGCUGAAAGAACAGCACAGCAGAGGCAGCAACAACACGCCGAUCAACAGGUACUCCAUCUGCAAUCACAUCAUCCCCUGUCGUAGCAGCUCAAACGUUGAUAGCAAGAAUAGCACACCGGGUAACAACAACUGCACGGCCGACGGAUACAAAAAAGACUUAAAGAAGAAAAAGACCCUGAAAACAAUAUUAUUGAGAAGUUCAAGUUUCAAGAGGGUUUCCAGUCUGUUCCUGCAGGAUGUGACGUCACAAGAAGGUCUGCCGGUCCUCUACCAGGAUGAUGGCUCGUGUAGUAACAUGUAUGAGAUGCAGCCAAUGAAAGCACUUUCAGCCUCACAAACCUCCACGCCGAAGAUGGCGGUGAACCUCGCGUCGAACACGACAGUCUGCAACGUUCAAGAAGCUGAUCUGAUAUGCAAGCACCUCAACUAUGCACAGUGUCAGUUUUGCUCGGAGUUCUGCUGCAGCAUCCUCGCUGAUGAUAACGAAUGUUGCGAACUUGAGCUGCUGUUAAAUGAGCAACAAUACCAGCAACAACUACCACAUUGCAAUCAACAUCAACAACAUUUGAAUCGCACCAGACCACAUAAGGCUAAAGAAAAUGAGUCAGAUAUGAAACAAAGCAAUGCAUCACAAGACGUCAACACUUUUUUAGUAAUAACAAAUUCUGAUGCGUCCCAUGGAUCAGCCGAAUGUCACAACAAAUCAUUCCGGCAGCAUCAUCAACAGCAACAACAACAACAACCACAACAACCACAGCAACUCAUUCACUUGCAGAACUUCUCGUCGUUGCACGCGUGUACCGACCUCGACAUGCAACAGCUUCACAGUGAACAGCAUGGUAAAGUGAAAUUGACUGGUUCCUUAUCAAAGAAGAUGUCUACAAUCAUCGCAAACACGAAUUGUCCUUUUCAAUGUCACCUCGAACCAGCAGAAGCGUGCCAGUGCAAAAAUGACUGUGCAGACAACUGUUUGUUAUGUCAUGAUGUGAAUAAUAGGAAAAUUAUCGAUAGCUGA